AUGGGUCUACGGUCUCUAUUGUCGACUUCCCUACUCUCUCUUCUCAGCCUGGCUUCGGCUGCCUCCGUAUCCUCUCACAGCCUGUCCUCGCGCGCACAAGCCUGCAACAACUCUCCAGACCUUUGCUCGAAACCGUACAACUCGGUGGUCCACCUCGGCGCCCACGACUCCCCCUUCGUUCGCGAUGCCUCGACGGGCUUCUCUACCUCGGGAAACCAGUACUACAACACGACUGUGCAGCUGUCUGCGGGCGUCCGCCUAGUAUCCGCCCAGGUUCACAGGACAAACUCACAAUGGCACCUGUGCCACACAUCGUGCGAACUGCUCGACGCGGGGCUAUUGUCAGAUUGGCUCAAGACGAUCAAGACCUGGCUCGACAACAACCCGAAUGAAGUUGUGACUGUUCUGCUCGUCAACUCGGACAAUGCCAGGCCUGCAGAACUCCACGCCGAGUUUCUCGACGCCGACAUCGUGGACCAAGCGUACGUGCCAUCCUCGAUCACCACACCCCCAGAGACAUGGCCCACGUUGCAGGAGAUCAUCGCCGGCGGGAAACGACUGAUGACCUUUGUCGCGAGUUGGAACCUCACGGAUCCCGAGCUCAACGCCACGACCAGCUACAUGAUGGAUGAGUUCACAUUCAUCUUCGAGAAUCCCUUUGACAACACAAACUCGAGCGACUUCACGUGCGAACCCGACCGGCCGAGCUCGCUGAAGAACAACGUGCAGGCUGCAAUCUCCAGCAAUCGCAUGCCUCUCGUCAACCACUUCCUGUACAGUACCGGGGCGUUUGACAUCGAGACGCCAGACGUGGACAAGAUCAACGUGACCAACGGCGCCGGCAAUAGCGUGGGCAGUCUCGGAGGAACCUUGUCACAGUGUAAUUCGGAGUAUGGUCGGGUUCCGACGUUCACGCUGGUGGACUUCUUCGACCAAGGCCCGGCCAUUGACUCGGUGGAUAAAUUGAACGGGGUGACGGACCCAGUGGGACGGGUUGCGCCGCCUCCGCGAGACACGAAAAAGAGCAGCAGCAGUCUGAGUCAGAGCACGUUUGCUGGCGUUGUACAACUUGGCGACGACGUCCGGUCGGGCGAGACACCCAAACUCGGAGCGUGGAUCUGGGCGGCAGGGAAAUGGACUUUUGGUGGCAUCAAUUUGAAUGGGGGAGGCUUGUUGGAUUGA